AGCGCGUUAGUUCCUAUGAUUGUUCGGCGAUAUGAGCAACAUGGCCGAAUAGUGAUUUGACACACAAAACGACAGUCGUUGUUAGAUGCUGUGGAUGGAUGCGACGUCGUUGAUGUUGUGACAGUCAGAUGAGAUAGAUGGUAUCGAAGGGUCUGUAAAUCUUCAUCACGAUGAACGAGUAUGACGAGAAGGGAUGGGCACACAUCCACCAGGCUGCGUACCGGGGCUACGUCAAGUCCAUCGAACGCUUCGUGGAGGCCAACCCAGACCAGCUGGAGCUGGAGACAAAUGACGACCUUCACUCCACCCCCUUCCUCCUGGCUGUCAGUAGUGGCAACGUUGACACCGUGAACAGCUUGUUGUCUUUAAACGCCAAGAUAAAUGUCAUCAACACCCAGAACCACGGGGCCAUAGAGCUUUGCUGUAUGAAACAGUUUGUUUCUCUGCUGGAGUACUUCAUAAAACGAAAUGAUGAAAAGCUACCGGUGUGGAAGCAUCUUCUUAAGAUGGUGGGGUCAGAUAAUGAAGAGGAGGCAGAAAAUUCGGGAAAAUGUUUAAGGACUUUGACAGAUCGUAGUGAAGCUGAAGGUAUCAAUGCUAACUGGGAACAUGUAUAUAAUAAUGGUGGAAUUCCAGUGAUUGUCAAAGUGGUCAAGAGUACACUCAAUGAUGAUGCAAAGAUUCCAGCUCUUCAAGCCCUGCUCAAUGUCCUUGAGAAGACAGAGGUCCAAGAACAGAUGGUAAGCUCAGGCGGAAUUCCUGCAUAUAUAAAAAUAUUAAAAUCCCAGAACCAAUUCGCUGUUAAGCUGGCAGCGGAGACAUUACAAGAAUUGGCCAAGAAUAAGGAAUAUGCUGAUAUACAAAUGCAGAACCAGGUUGCCCAGGCUCUUCUAAAGGUGGCUCAGUCAGUGUCGGAUUACGAGGUACUGAUACCUGUUGUCCAUUGCUUUAGAGUGUUGUCCAAAGUCAGCAGCACCCAUCGAUCAGCAAUAGGAGGUGUAACUGGUGUGAUUUCCACUCUGGUUGGUCUUUAUGAAAAAUACAGUGAACAGCAGUUAUUGCUUGCCUUGACAUCGGCUGUGGGUCUGAUUGCGGAGGACACGAAGGCCAAUCAGAACAUGUUUGUGGAUGAAGGUGUGACCCCUCACUUGAGGGAUGUCAUCAUGGGGCAGAUGAAGCACCGAGAGCUUCAGUUGACAGCCGUUGAAGCAGUUCACCUCCUAGCACAGGAUAACCCUCACACUCAGAAGGAAAUCCUUUCCAAAGGAAUUGAUAGAAUCCUGUUCAAACUCUUGUCCAAAAGCAGGGCGGAUGUGCUACUGGAGAAAACUGCGAUGGCACUGUGGGCUUUGGCGGGGACGAACUUGGAUGAACAGCGUGAGAUGGCGACAGGGAUGGGUGUGCAAAUGUUGAUAGAGUUCCUUAAUUCUCUGUCUGAGAAACUUCACCUUAUAGCUUCAGAAGGUCUGGGUGUUCUGGCACAGGGCCCCCUGAACAUGCAGACUGAGAUAGCUAAUAAGAAUGGUAUUCAUCCUUUAGUGAGACUGUUGAAGUCGGAUAAGGAUUACAUUGGUCUGAGUGUGAUCCGGACACUUAGGUAUCUGUCUGUAGGCGUGGGGAAUGUGCCACACAAUCGGAACCAGAAGACAAUAUCCCAGUCUCAGGGCAUCAGAUACUUGGUGGCUCUCAUGGUUCAUUCGGCCAGUGAGAUUCUGCGAGUGGAAUCAGCUGUUACCCUGGGAUAUGUGUCCAUAGGAAACCAAGCCAUCUUGGAUGAGAUCCACCGCUACCCCGACUUCAGCUUUGUGCGUAUCCUACGGAUGAUGUACUCCACGGAGCAUCGUGUCCGUCUCCUGGCUGGGGAGGCGCUGGCAGCCUUCGCCUACAACAACAUCAGCCAGCAGCAGGAUAUCCUGGAACAGGGCGGGGUCAGGUUUGCUGCAUUCCUACCUUUCCUGAAAUCUCAUGAAGAGUUCUACAGAUGCAAUGCUGCCUAUCAGAUCGUGGUCCUGGCUCGCAUCAUCCCGGAUGAGGAGCAGGCUAAGUCCUCAGCACUGGGCAUCAAGCUGAUCGUCGACCUCCUCCAGGACUCCAAGGACAACAGCAUUCUGGCGCUGGCCAGUGACUGUGUCGCUAGACUGGCACACACACGAGCAGGUGUUCCUUCAGCCAUCGUCGCUAUAGAAGCUGUGCAUUACAUGUGCAGCCUACUGUCAUCCCCUGCUGAGCAGGUGCGUGGAUGUGCAGCCAUUGCACUUGGCUAUCUCACCUUCAACCACGAGGGAGGCAGGGAACUCCUUCACAGAUGCCGCAAGAACCCCUACCUGAUGCAGGUACUCAAGUACUACACGAAGCGGACACGUCUGUCUCCUGACUUUGUGCAGGGCUGGAAACACUGCAGGAGGGUUGGCCUGCCAGCUAUACCAGAGGGGAAAACUAGUCUGAUACAGUUUCGACCACACGAGGAUGAGAUUCGCCCAGUGACAAACUUGAGUUUUGAUGGAACAGGUAAUAGCUCCAACAUCCGGAGCUCCACGUCCAACUUGGUAGCAGAGGAGGGCAAUGUGACAGGCAGGUCCUCACGUUCCUCCAGAACACACAGGACAGGAUCAGUCCACAACAGUCACAUGUCCCUGGACAGUCAGAGGACACAGAACUCUCUCAUGGUCGGAGGGGAGGAGAGAUGAUUGGGAAGUGGGGCAUGGGGCAAUUGAAGAUAAAGUGGGACAUGGGAAGAUGAAGUGGGGCAUGGGAAGAUGAAGUGGGGCAUGGGAAGAUGAAGUGGGACAUGGGAAGAUGAAGUGGGACAUGGGAAGAUGAAGUGGGGCAUGGGAAGAUGAAGUGGGACAUGGGAAGAUGAAGUGGGGCAUGGGAGGAUGAAGUGGGACAUAGGAAGAUGAAGUGGGGCAAAGGAAGAUGAAGUGGGACAUGGGAAGAUGAAGUGGGACAUGGGAAGAUGAAGUGGGGCAUGGGAGGAUGAAGUGGGACAUAGGAAGAUGAAGUGGGGCAAAGGAAGAUGAAGUGGGACAUGGGAAGAUGAAGUGGGACAUGGGAAGAUAAAGUGGGACAUGGGAAGAUGAAGUGGGGCAUGGGAAGAUGAAGUGGGACAUGGGAGGAUGAAGUGGGAAAUGGGAGGAUAAAGUGGGACAUGGGAGGAUGAAGUGGGACAUGGGAGGAUGAAGUGGGGCAUGGGAAGAUGAAGUGGGGCAUGGGAAGAUGAAGUGGGACAUGGGAGGAUGAAGUGGGGCAUGGGAAGAUGAAGUGAGGCAUAGGAAGAUGAAGUGGGGCAUAGGAAGAUGAAGUGGGGCAUGGGAAGAUGAAGUGGGGCAUAGGAAGAUAAAGUGGGACAUAGGAGGAUGAAGUGGGGCA